AUGGUAAGGCGUAUUCGAGGUACUUUACUUCUGAAUACUUCUUCAAUCUUCAACAUUCCAGAGACUAAUUCUGCUAGUAAAACCUGUAACAAACGAAUGCUAAGCAUAAAAGCAGAUAUCGAGGAGCUAAAGGAAAAGACUGAUGCAAGUAUUAUCAGCAUUAAACAUGAUCUGUCAGACUUAAAGGAGGAGAUGGUCUCACUAAAGGAGGAGAUGGUCUCAUGUUUCGAUGACAUAAAGGAAAUUAUUGCAGCAUUGAAAAGUGAGUUUGCAGUAUCAAAAAUUGAUGAACCAAAGGACAGAGUAAAUGGAGGCCCUGGCACGUGGUCAGCUUGGGGAGCGUGUUCUACAACCUGCGGAGAUGGAGAGCAAACUCGCACAAGAGCAUGUGACAACCCAGCUCCAGCUCAUGGAGGAAGCCAAUGCAAUUCAAGUGAUCUGACGGACACACGGUCUUGUAAUGAUGCAGAAUGCCCCGUAACCGUUGGAAAACUAAAAAGCAUCCCAAUUGUUGCAAAGAGACAGCUGCAGUCAAGAGAUAUAUAUGAUCUUGCAGUAACAUCAAGUGGACAUAUUGUGGUAACAGGUAGGAGCAACACAACGAUAUAUGCCAGUGAUUAUAGUCUCAUCAAAGAUAUCGGCCAAACAUUCAUUCGUGUUACAGUUACAAGUGAUGAUCAACUUGUAUUCACUGACGGGUCAAGCACAAUCUACUUCUAUACAGCAGACGGCAAUCAUAUACGCAACAUUAACACAGGGUCUUCAUAUCAUCUACGUGGUAUUACUACACUAUCUACUGGUCAGUUGGUUGUAUGCGAUGAUUACACAGACAACGUGUAUAUUGUUGAACAAGAUACAGGGAAUGCAACACCACUCUCUGCUCCCGGUACGUUUAGCGGUCCUGGCUAUGUGACAACGAACAGCAAAGGAGUAGUUAUAGUGAGUGACUUUUACGGACAUUCUAUAAAGGGAUUGGACCAGGAUGGCAAUAUUCUCUUCAGUUCACACACGGGAAUUUCGCGUCAUAAUUAUUCCUCCGCUUGGUGCGCUGUUGUGCAUAGCAACGUCCUAUGCAACGUGUAUAAACAUCGCGCGGACGUAUAAGUACAACCCGUCAGUUUUUCAUGUUUGCAAUGAAAUUUUCUAUUCAGAUAGGUGUUUUAAACUAUGAUUUUCUUUCAUAAUAUAUAUUGUUAGAUAGGCAUGAUACAUAUCAUCGUGUUUCUAAAGAAUUGCUUAUUUUAAUCCUGUUUAUUUCAAGUUGAUAGGUUCAAUAUUAGUAAAGUUACGGCUUCACUAUGGAGGGGCAAUUUCUUCGUAAACUAAAAACCGCAUCGUCAGCAAAGAUUUGACGAAAACACAACAUUUUUUGCGCCGGUGGCAUUUUUUCAUUUAUUGAUGAAUCUUUAUCAAAUUUGAAACAUGUAUGAGCUAAAUAUACAAAUUGUGUCUUGGCCGAGGCGGAAUUUUAAAAUUCAAAUUACAAUUAGAGAAAAAAUAGCUAACAUGUGUCAAGUUUUACCGCUGAUUUUCGAAAAAAUAUGAUGUAAUUCCUUAUAGAGUUGGAAGAAAACGAAUUGUUUAAACUGCACAGGAUAAAAAUAUAUUAAUCCAGAUACAUGUAAGCUUUAUAUACAAAUCAUUACAUACGUUAAAGGGCAUCAUCAACUACUAGAAAAUCGUGUGUAAAAUUGGACAAUAUUUGACCCGAAUUGACCGGCAAAAUGGCUGCGCGCUCGCAGCGCCUCUAGCGGAGGAAUAAUUAUGACGCGAAAUUCCCAGGUGUGUUAUGGUACAAAAGGAUCAGGGGAGGGGCAGUUGGUAUAUCCACGUGGUGUCGACACAGACAAGGAGGACUACAGGUAUAUUGUGCUAGCAGACCAAGACAACCGCAGAGUUCUACUACUCACCCCUGAUGGCAUGUUCCAUAGUUACCUCCUAACAGAGAGUGAUGGUUUGUCCAAGCCACGUGCUGUUUGUAUAAACCAAGCCGGACAGUUACUGGUUGGGGAUGGCAAUGGACAAUUAUUCAUUAUCACAUACAGAGAAUAAG